AUGGUGGGGCUGGCCAACCGCGCCUGUGACCGCUGCAGAAAGCGGAAGAUCAAGUGCGACUUCGCAGAUCCAUGCUUCUGCUGCCGAACCUCGUCCCAGGCUUGCUCUUACGAUGUGCCGAUCCGUAAGAGAGGUCCUAAGGGACCGAGAGACCAACGUCGCCAGAGGAAUCGCACCCCUGUGACCCCGACAGAUGCGACGCUGCCUGGUGUGCCUCCGCAGUAUUCUGACGGGCUGCUGCUGCUCGAAAAGCUCCGGACAGAGCUCAACGACGCCAUCGCCCAAGAACAGCCCUCCGUCCCCAUCAGCACUAUAGCUCAACUGUGCAUCUCUAUACGCUGUCAUCGAUCCUUCCCCAUCGUGCAUGAGAGAAGUUUGCGGGCAGACGCGACAUACUUCUUCGGUGCCGAGGGCGAAUGCUUCCCUACUAGCAUCGGACAGCAUGGAACCAAACAUGGCCUGGCUCUCAUGAGGUCCUUCACAGUCUUGACAGUCCUCUGUGCUGCCCAGUCGUUCCUCUUCGCCAAGACGACUAUUCAGUACGGCGAGGCCGUUGGCCCUAAGUUUCUUGCCGCCGCGCGCGCCAUGUUUCACUACAACGAAGACGUUGAUCGCCAAACUCCCGACGCCACAUCGCUCCAGGUACGCAUGCUACUGUCGACAUGCAUCCAGCAGCAUACGGGAGAAUCUGGCUUGGCAUAUCACCUCGUUAACGAGGCAAGUCUCAUCGCCCGUCGUUUGCGGUUGUAUAGAGAGAGUGUCGUAAGUCAAUAUCCACCUUUAGAGGCGACUCUACUUCGCAACGCAUUCUGGAGCCUAUAUUCGGCGGAUUCGUCGGCGAUAUGCUGUCAAAACAGAGCUGUGAUACUUUACGAGCCCUUGUUUGAUGCUGAGAUGGACUUGCAAGGCCCCGCUCUGAAUCAAGUACCACUGCUAGAUUGCGAACGCGAAGGCUGCAUGGGUACGUUGGAAUUCGGUUUAUUACAGAGUUUCCACUACCUGCGGCGUACUUGGGGCAACGCUUCACGGCUGCUGCUGUCGAUUCGGCAACUUGGGCGCAUGAAAAGAGAGAGAUCAGACUUUGACCCAGCGCAGUUGAUGAGGAAUCGGGAGAUGUAUAUCGAUUUCAGCGAGUCUCUGGAUGACAUCCCCGCAAUCCUCCAGCCUUCGAAACCAUUGAGCCAGGACGCCUCGCUGAGUACAGCAGAGCGGUCGAGCUUCAUCUCACUGCGCUAUCGCCUGCUGAGCACAUACUAUUUUUCAAAGCUUAUGAUUAUCCACGAGUGCAGAGUCCUAGGGUUCGCAUUAGUUGUAGGGCUUCGUGAUGACGAUGAUGUUCUUGCCAGCGAGGAGGUUAAUGUUGCUCGUGACUACAUAUAUACUCUCCAGAGUGUCGAGUUCCACGUUUUACAGGAGCUCGGAGAGCCUGGGAUCGAGCUUAUGCGAAGUGUGGGAAGCGUCCUGCUUGCAGUGUCACAGGGAUCGGACGGUAGGAACAAACAGCGUGCUGUUUCGCAGCUCAAUGUUCUUCUUGACAUUCUCGCUAGGUUAGACUCGCAGGCGUCGGAGAAGCUGACGGCUCAACUUUCCGUAGAUGCAGCAAUUGAGUUUAACACAUCGCCGCAUGACGUGGCAUCAGAAUAG